AGUCAAUGAGUCGUUUGUGAAUUAAAUUGUUAGACAUGGUGAGAUUUUCUACCCACAGCCUGUGGAAGGCAGUCCUCUUCCUGGGUUUACUAAUUGUAGGAUGCCCACAUGCUGAAUCCACAUGCAAAUCACGCAGAUGUCUGGCUGAAAUUUUGGUCAAUAAAAAGUUUGUAUCUCAGCCUCAGUAUGAAAACUGCAGCCAAAUGAUUAUGGUGCCAUUUAUUGAGUACCAGACUCUGUCAGUUGACACUAAGAAUCUCCGCCUAAAUAGUCGUCUGCAAGCCUCACUUAAAUGGGAAGAUCCUGAGUUGGCAUGGGACACAUCAGUUUACCCAUAUGAUCAAGUGGUCCUGCCCGUAAGCAAAGUCUGGACCCCAGAGCUCCGUGUAACAAAUGGAAUAACAACAACUAUGAGGCACAGCUCGCAUGAUCUGCUGGUGAUGAGUAAUGGCACAGUGAAGCACAGUGUGAUCAUCACUGCCGAGGUGAACUGCGAGGUCAAUCUUUUCAACUAUCCCUUCGCUUGGGACGCAUGCCCCGUUGCUAUCCAGACUUGGUCAGGUGAUGGAUGUGGUACACUUUUGGAAUUUGAUCAAUUGAAAAUGGUCGAUGGGACCCAUGGAGAUUGGCAGACUGACGAUGUGUUCCUUGCCAGACAGACCGAUGAACGCAAUUACAUCCUGGUGCAAUUAAGCAUCAAAUACACCAACCCCUUCAUAACAUUAAUGCUGCCCAGUAUUCUGAUCGUCCUGGCUGAUGUAGUCAGCUUCGCCCUGCCUCUUGGAGGCGGAGAACGCAACUCUUUCAAGGUCACUCUUGUGCUCAGCUUCACCAUGUUCCUCAUCAUCCUCAACGAUCAGCUCCCUGGAGACAGCGCCUGCAGCCCCGUCAUCCGAACCCACUUCUGCAUUUGUCUGGUCCUCUUGGUGGUGAGCAUGCUGGCGUCCAUGGUGAUGACACGAUUGGCCAAAGAUGGCAGCCUCAUUCUCUGCUGCUGCUCCUCAGUCCAGAGAAAAAAGAAAGACGAUGAAGAAGACAAAGCUGACAUCAGUGUCGUUCAGGUGGAUGGCACAGUGGAGAACACGCGAAUGCUCCGAAAAGUGGUGAACUUCCUGGAGAAUCUUGACGCACAGACACUGGAAAGUGAGAGACAUCAAAUGUUUGCCAACAAACUGGAUAAGGCAUUUUUCUGGCUCUAUUUCAUUUCGGCCAUCCUCUACUUUUCUGCUAUGACGUAUGUGAUGGUAAAUUAUAAAUGCACAGUUAACCAUUUUGAUUUCUGGUACUAAUGAAAUGCAUGUCGUUACUAUAACGACAGAGUGAGCUGAAACAAAUACGAUCUUACCAAUUCUAAUUCAACAUACAGAUUCAAAGACUGAUGCAGAUCACAGCAUACGUUUAUCACAUUCUCUGUAUCUCAAACACUGUAGUGCUGAUUUGUUUUUGUAGUUCAUCUCUCGUGUCUGAUAAAGAUGUGUGUGUCAGCAUAUUUGUGGGAAUUUACCAAAUAAGAGAAUUUCAGCCUUUUGAUGUCAUUUUAAUCACAUAAAGUAUGUAAGUAUAUGGAAUAGUUAUUUAAAACUGGGGCAUCUGCACAAAGGACAAAACCAUGUUCCUCCAGCUCAAUGUCUUUUUUUUUUUUUACGAUGACCCAUCUCACUUGGUUAAACACCUGUGCACAGUGUAACACAAGUACACUUUUGUAUAAUGGAGUCCAUAUUCAGUUGCAGACUUGCAGUCAUUUGUUUCUCUGUGUAAACCUGUUCAGUCUCUGCAACCACUGAGUUCUAGCUGGUGGUUUUGUGUCCUUUCAUUUCACAGUUCUAAUUUUCUUUGCAAUCAGUAAAAGUAUCCACAAUAUAUACCUCUGGUCUGUGCCAUAUGUGUCUUAUUUAUAGAUCCUUUCAAAAGUAAAAAUGGAUGUGAGGGCAUCCACUUCUAUAUUGUGUUAAUUUCAUUUUUAAC